AUAAAACACAAGGGGAAGAAAAUGAAAACCCCCCACCAUUAUUAUGGCUAGGUUUCUUCUCUUCCUUAUCUCCUCUCUGUUCCGCUCUUGAAGCUCGCGCCAUCUUCACAAGCCCUUUUCAUCACUCUCCCUCUCUUCUAUUUUAGUACUAAUCUACUGUACAAAAAUUCAAAUUUAACUCACGAAAAAUGACGCAAAAAACCAAGCAAAUCCAUGACUUUCAAGAUUCAACUCACCCACUUGCAAUGAUCCAUGUUUCUUGAAACAAUUGCCCACAAGAAAUAGAGUACAGGAAGAACCCUCUUGCUGAGACAAGGAACGAAGAAUUUUGAAAAUGAAAAGAGAUCGUGAUCGUGGAAAGACAGACGCGGCGGCGGCAGCAGGGAAAGCGAAGAUGUGGGCGGAGCAGCAGCCGGAUGCGGGUAUGGAUGAACUAUUCGCUGUUUUGGGAUACAAAGUGAAGUCUUCGGACAUGGCGGAUGUUGCAGAGAAGCUGGAACAGUUGGAGAUGGCGAUGGGCUCCACCGCGGAAGAUGGUUCUUCUGUCCUCUCCACGGAUACUGUUCAUUACAACCCGUCUGAUCUUUCCGGGUGGGUCGAGAGCAUGCUGACGGAGCUCAGCAGCUCCGGUGGCUACGACUUGGGUCCGAACCCAAUUGGAAUUUCAGGUGAAUCUUCCGGCAAUCUUAUUAGCUUUUCAAAUGAUGAUGACUUGAGAGCAAUUCCUGGUGGGGCUGUUUUUGGUGACAGAAAGAAGGAGACGUUUGAUGACUCCGAGAGUAGUAGUAAGAGGUUGAAAACGAAAUCUUUUGCUGGAUCUGAAAUUUUUCAUGAAAAUGGUUCUCUGUCCGUGGCGGCGGCGGAGGAGGAGGAGGAGGCGCGCCCCGUGGUGCUGGUGGAUUCGCAGGAGGUGGGAGUGAGACUCGUCCACACUUUAAUGGCCUGCGCGGAGGCUGUUCAGCAAGAAAACAUGAAAAUGGCGGAUGCGCUGGUGAAGCACGUCGGGAUUUUAGCUGUUUCUCAAGUCGGAGCGAUGAGGAAAGUUGCCACCUAUUUUGCGGAGGCUCUGGCCCGAAAAAUUUACAAGAUUUACCCGCAGGAUUCUCUUGAAUCAUCGUAUUCCGAUGUUCUGCAGAUGCAUUUCUACGAGACGUGCCCGUACCUCAAAUUCGCGCACUUCACUGCGAAUCAGGCGAUACUGGAGGCUUUUUCCGGAGCAACAAGAGUUCAUGUUGUGGAUUUCAGCUUGAAACAAGGGAUGCAAUGGCCGGCUUUGAUGCAGGCUCUCGCUCUGCGCCCUGGAGGCCCGCCGGCGUUUAGGCUUACUGGUGUCGGGCCGCCGCAGCCUGAUAACACCGACGCUUUGCAGCAGGUCGGGUGGAAAUUAGCUCAAUUGGCGGAGACAAUUGGGGUGGAAUUCGAGUUCCGUGGCUUUGUAGCCAAUUCUUUGGCGGAUAUUGAUGCAAAUAUGCUGGGUAUCAGGUCCGGGAAUGUGGAGGCUGUUGCUGUGAAUUCCGUGUUCGAGCUUCACCGGCUGUUAUCCAGGCCCGGAGCAAUAGAAAAAGUCCUGAAUUCAAUCAAGGCAAUAAACCCGAAAAUCGUGACGAUCGUGGAGCAGGAGGCGGACCACAAUGGGAAUAAUUUCUUGGAACGGUUUAACGAAGCGUUGCACUACUACUCCACCAUGUUCGACUCGCUGGAGAGCUCCGGGCCGACGCAGCCCGACAGCCAGGACUUGGCUAUGACGGAGGUGUACUUAGGGAGGCAGAUAUGCAACGUGGUAGCGUGUGAAGGGGCGGAGCGGGUGGAGCGACACGAGACGCUGGCACGGUGGCGGCGGAGGAUGGAGUCUGCAGGGUUCAGCCCGGCCCACUUGGGAUCGAACGCGUUCAAGCAGGCCAGCAUGCUGUUGGCGCUCUUUGCCGGCGGAGAUGGGUACAGGGUAGAGGAAAAUGAGGGGUGUUUGAUGCUGGGGUGGCACACUCGGCCGCUUAUCGCCACCUCCGCGUGGCGGCUCACGGCGGCAGAGUAGGGUGGUGAAUCAAGUCGGGCUUUCUACUGAGUUGUGGGCGGGCUCAGAACGCGCUGACUGCCACCACAACCACACGUACGUAGUGGUUGGGUUGAGAAUGAAAUGAGGGGAGACACAGAUUGAGAGAGACAGGCCCGAAAAUGAGUCAAAUCCUGUCUUUUCACUAAGUCAGCUUUUCCAUUUUUAUUAAAUUUCCACAGUUUCUUUAAAAAGUUCUUGUAAUAGUUUUUUUUUUAAUUUUUUUUAUUAAGAAUCUGUUUUACC